UCCAUCCCCAUCUCGAUUUAUUUAAACCCGGAAGCAGUCAUAUCUUCGUUCCUAUCAUUCCACCCGGCCAUCCUACAGUUGAGAAAAAAAAGAGCGCCAGCACCGAAGCGUGAUUCAUAAUCAAGAGACAUCUAUCCAAGAUGAAUCUCAUCUACUCAACGGUCAACACGAUCCGGGACAAGUACACUCCCGUGAGCCACACAUCAACAUUUCGAAAAACGGGCCAGAUCACCCCCGAAGAGUUUCUAGCGGCAGGCGACUAUCUCGUCUUCAAAUUCCCAACUUGGUCCUGGGUAGAUGCCGAUUCCGAGUCCAAGCGCGUGUCCUACUUACCACCCGGAAAGCAGUUCUUAGUCACACGAAACGUUCCUUGCAACCGCCGCCUCGAUGAAGACUUUGCUGGAGAUGCGGGUCACGAAGAAGCAGUGGUUGGCGAUGGUGACGAUUUCAACUCCAAAGGCCACGGUGACGAUGAUGGAUGGCUACGCACAGGUGGUCUAAGCAGCUCGCAACCACUCAAAGCUAAGGAUGUACGGACCGUUGAUGAUGCGGGGAAUGUCGGAGAUAGCCUAGAUGAUGAAGAUGAAAUCCCGGACAUGGAAGAUGAUGAUGACGAUGACGAAGCCAUCAUUCGCGAUACCGACCCGCACAGGAGAACAGCCGCCCGUCGCACGUACACCCUCUACAUCAUGUAUUCCCCUUACUACCGCACACCCCGCCUAUAUUUAUCAGGCUACACCGAAGGACAACCCCUCGCUCCUCAUCUGAUGAUGGAGGAUAUCGUUGGCGACUACAAGGACAAGACGGUAACAUUGGAAGACUUCCCUUUCUUUGCCAAUAACGUCAAGAUGGCCAGCGUACAUCCGUGCAAACAUGCCUCUGUUAUGAAGACUCUCCUGGAUCGCGCGGAUGCCGCCUUAAAAAUAAGACGUGACAAGAUGAAGUCCGUAAAGGCAGUUGGCAUCGAUGCCGGCAUGGAAGGUCUAGUGGACGAGAUCAAUAAGCUAGAUGUCAAGAGUGCUGAAGCCGCUGCCGAAUCAAGUAAUGACGAUUGGGAAGAGGUGGAGGUAGAAGACCAAGAGGUAGCCAUCCGAGUUGACCAAUACCUCGUUGUAUUUCUUAAGUUCAUGGCCAGCGUUACCCCUGGCAUCGAGCAUGAUUUCACCAUGGGCGUGUAACGAGCCCAUCCAUUACAGCAUUUAUACGGAGUGGACUGUUUUAUUAAUUCUAGCACAUUCGAGGCGGCGUUUGGAAUUUGGAUGUGGAUUGGAGCAGGUAGAGAGAGCACUGGGUCGGUUUGUGUUUUAUUACUUUAGUUGAUACUAGUAGCUAGCUAGUAUACAAAUCCCAUCGAGGGUAAUCCAGCGUCAGUAGUUAAAAGAAAAAGAAAAACUUCU